AUGGCGGCACGCAAACGGCUUCUGGCGGGUCACGUGAGGACGCCUCUGGCAGUUGACUUGGUGUUUGCGGCGCAGCUCCAGAGCCACCUACGCAACAGACUUGAGCUCCACACCAAAAUCGCACAAGUACGGCUCAACAUUGUGCUCAUGGAAGCACGUCUGCAACAGCCUCCAGAAGCGUCACACGAGAAGGACAUAGAGACAGCCGCGGACCUUGAUGAGACCAAGAUCGAGCGAAUCUCGCAGCUGGUGCUUCUCAAACAUUUGACGCCGGAAGACACCGUCAUGCUUCUCCGCGGUCAGUGCCCCAAGGAUCCGCGACCGAACAAGGCGCUCUUCCCAGAGGAGCUGGCCCGGUUGCUCCACGGUUACUCGCACUGCGACACGCUCAUCGCUGUAGAAUCAGCCGGAUUCACGAUCCCGACCCGGUCCAAGCCGGCGCAUCCGAAGAACCACAACUCGGCGGAACGGCAUAGCCGCACAGUACGCCGUCACCUGGCGGAAGGCCAAGCGCGCAACAAGUAUGCGUUCUUCACCGACGCGGUUCUCGCCCAAUGGACACACGCCGGCCACGACAUCAGGCUCAGCCCGCUCGGCCUUGUACCGAAGAACAACGCGAGCCUUGAUGUCGAUGGACGCGUCAUUUACGACCUUUCAGCACCGGACAAAACGGCGGUCAACGAUCUCACGAACAAAGACUUGCUCCCGGACGUGCGUUGGCGUCGAAUCUCGGCAGUCGCGUCACGUAUCAUCGGGUUGCACAAGCGGCUAACCGCGAGCACGAGGAUCAUGGAGAUGGCAGGCGACGUCAAGAGCGCGUGCUGGGGUCGCUCAGACACGUUUGCUCAUGCGCCCCAGCAGCCAGAGCGUUCUACCAACGGCUACACAGCGUGGCCGUCAAGGCGACGCCAUUCAAGACGUUUACACCGAGCGUGGUCAACUCUCGACAAAGGCACUCUCCACGUACACGCGUGGAUCGACAACGCGCCCAGUGUGUCAUGGGCAAACAAGCUCGCAGCGUCCAACGUCUACGCUCAAGAGCUCAACCGCCAUCUAGCGCUCGCCCAAGCAGUCAAUCGUCUGUACGUCACGGCGGGCCACAUGGCCGGAGCACGGAACGAAAUGGCCGAUUGCGGGUCACGCAGCCUCGUCGAGCCGUUCAAAUCGCGAUGGCUCCAGCUCUCUCACGGGUGGGAAGCGUGCCCAGUGCCAGCAAACAUUCGGUACAUGUACAAGCCGACGUCCGACGUUUUUCAAGACGCCGCUCUGGCCUCAAGCACACACGACCGCUACAAGGCCGCGUGGGAACAGUGGCGCACGUGGCGCGAGCAUCGCCGACAGUCACCAUGGCUCUCCAAGGAGGAACGCGAGCAGACGACGAACUUGUCGAGUACGUCUUGCACCUCCGCGACGGCGGCAACUCCGCUGCCACCAUCCGAUCCAAACUAUGCGGCAUCGCUUGGCGUCAUCAGCGACACGGUGGGUACACUGUGGCGCUGGCACCCGACCAUCGGCUAG